AUGGAAAACAGGGAAGGAAGGAAGUCCAAGCAACUAGUGCAUCCAAGGGAUCGAAGAAAAAAAAAAGUCAUGCAAGUGAAGAGGGAAAACUCCAACAAGCCAUGGUACUUACACCUAGAAAAAAGCGAAAUAACUUUUUUUUUCGAUUUAAUCGAGGAGGACCUAACUUCUAGGUUUAAAAGGAAAAUUAGCUCGACCACUUUGGGCAAUGCAGAUGGUUCGCUUGACGAGGAGCACGACAAUGCUUUUAAGAGGGUCGCAGUGAAGUGGGAGCAACCGGAAGAUGAUGAAGUGUGCACCGAUGUGGGUGACAAUGUUAGUGUCGAUGCGGAAAUGUGCACCGAGACGGAAGAGAAGAACCAAGGGAGGGGAGAAGACAACUCCGAAGGAUUUCUCAACGUGGAGGGCGAGAAUGAGGGGCGCGCUGGGCUCAGAGAUGACCAACCGUUUGAGGGGGAACUCCACGGCGAUUUGCGAAGAGAGAUGACUGCAAAGAAUGUGCAAAGCCGGCGUGUGCAAAAAUGGUCCGAGGAGAUCGAACUCUCCAAUUACGUGUAUCGAAAGGGAUCAUUCGAGGAUACCAUGCGGUGUACACAAAAUAAAAUGCCAUACAACUUAUUGCUGUAUCUGAAUACGUUUUUGGGAGAUCUGGCUUGCAACAAGGAUACAAUGGCUAGGUGGUUAGAAGAAUUUAACAAGAAAAGAUUUAAUAAUAGGAACAACAAAGGUAUGCGUAACAAUUUUAAGGCAGACUUGUAUAGGGUAGUGAUACAUGAUGGGGGCAUAAUUUCCUUCAAAUUGAUAACAAGUAGGAACGAAAUUGGAAAAACAACUUACUACAUGAAUGAAGAGCUACUGCAUCUAGAAAUUAAUAAUAUUUUAGAGAAGUACUACCCGUUGAAAUAUAUUUUUUACCUGAAUCAGAAGGUGCGUGAUUUCCAGAAGUUGGUUAUACCUCUGGAACUGAAAAGUGAUAAGCCCAUUACAUGUGGUAUCCUUCUGGAUUUUGAUUACAUGGGUCAUUCGUUCGAAAUGAUUAAAAAGAGGCCCAUGAAGCUAGUGGACUUGAUGGUGAUACUGGAUAAGAUUUGUGAGCUCCUUCGCGAGAAGUGCACCGUGAUUUAUGUGCACUACGCGAGGAGGUCCAUUCCCCAGGGAGAGGCAAAUUCUGCGGGUGCGGCCAACGAGUUGAUUCUCUCGCACCCGCGACGCGCACCCAAGAACACGGCCAAUGCUUAUCGAGGGCACGCAUGCAGGCAUGAAAGAUCGUACAGCUACCUCUUCGACGAUUUGCAGAGCACACUCGAGUUGUUUGAGGAGCGAAACAUAAAGAUGGUGAUUAGGACGAGCGAGUUUACGGAAGAGGUGGAGAUGACCAGUUCGGCUGCAGAUACGAUGCUCUCGUCCCGUUCCUUCCGUCCUUCUCCUCCGACAUGUUUGCCGCCCACAUCACACCCCUCGGCUAUCGCUGAUGCGUCGCAAAAGAAGAAAAAAAAAACAAUAGUGAAAUCCAUCGCUCAGUUAUUUGAAAAUCCAUAUGUCGACAACGUUCUUCUCCUAUGCAAUGAUAUAGAUGUGAUAUCGUACUGUUACCAUGUUCGCCACAAGGUGAAAUACAAAAAUGGAGAAGUGUCCAUGAAGAAGGAAUACGCCUUUCGAUUCAUGAAACCAGUACUGAUAUUUUGCUUCUUAAAUAAUUUGCCGGUUAAGAAUGGGAAAAUAUAUCCUCACCUCAAACUAGAUAGAUUUUGCUACAUGAGUUUUAUAAUAAGAACUUAUCUUCUAAGGUGCCAAGCGAAUAAGCUGCAAAGGUUAGCUACAGAAAUUCAUUUUAAUGUUGACCUGGUGCAAGAACUAAUUAAAAAAUAUAAUAUGGAGAAUAGCACACUAAAGAAAACAAUGAAUAUUUUACUUCUUGAUGAUUUAUUGUACAAGAUGAAGGGAAAGACUAAGAAGAAGGCGCAUGCAGAGAUCCCCCUUUCAGAAUUGAUGCGAAGGAGUUUUUCCGCAGUGUACUAUCCCAUGCAAUACUACUUGCAGGAUUCUUGA